ACUCAAGCUGGCAGGAUGAUCAAGAGGGAGCUCUCCUCCUGAGAGCACACGCAGUCCGCAGAAACACUGAAACAGCGCGGAGCGAAGGAGAGGAGCUCAUCCAGAUCGAUGCCAGACGCACGCUUGGAUUUUUUUUUUCUUCUAGAGUUUCUUUCUUCUUUUUUUUUUUUAUAAAGAAAAGCGACAUUAAAAUUGCGUCUCGUGGUUUAUUUUCCCCGGAAUAUUGCUCUGGAUUAAAUACGCGCAUUCUCGACGCGCAGAAACCUUAUUCAGAAGUUAAAAGGGAUUAUUUCUUCUCAGCGCGCUAGUUUGGGGGUGAUUUUCACAAUAAAAGAAGAAGAAGAAGAAGAAGCCUGCCCGGUCGACUUUGGCUAAGAGCUUUUUCCAACUCUGCUGUCCCAGAAAUGGUGGGGCACCUACAUUUACAAGCGAUGGACGAGAGCCUCAAAGGAAAGAACCGUGAAGGGCUGCUCGACAGUCCGGACUCGGGCUUGCCCCCCAGUCCCAGUCCGCCCUUCUGCUCGCUGUCUCCGGCUCUGAUCGAGUCGCGCUCCGGCGGCUGCGCGACGCCCGUCGACAGCAAUCAGGGAUGUUACAGAAAGGAGAGCAGGGAGGGCAAGCUGCUGCCCUACCUGCUGCUGAACUGUGCAGGAACAGACCCGAAGUCGCGCAUGCACCCGGUGUUCUACGGAGAGAGCAUCGAGGUCAACACCAAACCGGAGCAGGAAAUCAAGUGCACGUCUGCAGUCAAGUACGACUCCGACAAGCACUACCGAGACCGGGUGGUGUGCGCCCCGGUUCCCAUGCCCACUUCCUUCAGCGAGACGGUGGUGGCGGUGCAGAACUCCACUUGGAGAAGCUACAAGACGCAGGUGUACCUGGAGCCGCGGCAGAAGCCCGUCAGCUACCAGAGCACCACCAUCAUCUACCCAAAACACGCCAAGAACACUUACCGCACCACCCUCAACUACAACCCCACAGGCGCCCGUCGCUGGUUCGUGUCCACGGUGCAGCUGGAGUCCAGCGAGGACACGAGCCCCUGCGUCAUCUACACAGAGGACCUGUAGGGCUACAUGGCGUCAUCAAGAGACUUCAUUUGAACUUUUACCUUUUUUUUUUUAAAUUUAAAAAUAGUGUGUUUUUCUCACCAUAAGGAAUUUGGACAGAUCCACACUGAAAGAGAAGUGCCUGGAGUUUUAAACCCCCGCUCUUAAUCAUCAGAGUCAGAGUAUUUUUGAUUUUCUGCUGUGGCGGUCUUGAAUGGGGCCUUUGGUGCUCUGCAGCUGCCCUGCAGUGGCUAAUGUCUUAUUUAGCACGAGAGCUAACAAGCUCAGGGCCUGUGCUCCCCCUUCUGGUGGGACUGGAGCCUUGCUGACAGUAACCUUCAGAUUCCUGGUGUCUGUAUAUAGAGGAAAGGGAAAAAAUGAAAAUAAAAAUUAUCGACACGUGCUGUGGAUUUUACCCAGUCACACCGAUGCAAAGUGUUCUGAAUAUGGCUCUAUUGCACUUGUUUUCUACAUGUCGCAGUUCCCUCAGAGGACCUGGCGUAGUGGUGGGGAAUUUCUGUGCUGCCUCUGAAAAGUGGACCAAAAAUAGUUUAUUUCCUUUGAGUAACUCCAUACGCUGGAGACCAAAAACUCCAGAAGCGACUCUGGGCAGCAUCUCUUCUCAUCAGCCGAGGUUAGACUGAGGACACGAGCACACAGUGAUCUGAAAACCACGCCAGAUAAUCACCAACUCAGCUUACUAUUUUGAACUUGGUAGAUGGGAUCCUAUCUCGUUGGCGCUGAAGGGCUGCGAUAAAAACGGUGGUCACAGAAAUAAGGCUGACUUAGUUUUAUUUAUUGAAAUGUAGAAAGUAGAAUUGCUUGGGACUGUGUGGCUGUAAGACUACAUUGUCUGAACUUAAGGGAAAAGUGGAGGGAAGGGCCAUUUAGGAAAGAUGAGCUUAUUUCACACAGGAAAUAAAACCUAAAGACAAGGGAGCAAAUUUAUUUAGUAUGAAUCCAGAACAGUUGGGCACAGAGGCUAGCAGCUAGUUUGAGAGGAGCUGAGACCAAAGUCAAUUUCUUCCAUUUUAAAACAAAUUUGACAACAGAUCAUAGCGGCUAAUGCAAAAGCUAAUUUACAAACUAGUUAAUCAUGUCACGUUUGAGUCGGGCGCUUAUUUACAUCAAUGAUUGUUCGGUCGGUGGAAGUGCAACACCGAUAAGCUUCCUGUGGAAAACAGAUCUGAAUGGAACAUGACUCAUCUUUAGUAAUAAUAGCACUAAACUUACACCAACUUAAACGCUAAUUUAGUGAUCUUGACUUUGCUUUAUUUUUGUGCCGUACAGUUAUUCUGACUUGAACAUGUUCUCUGCUCAGUACUUGUUUCAUACAGGAAGAUCACUGGUAACGGACCGCCUCCAACGGGCCUCGUCAUGUAAAUAACCACCCAACGCAGUCGGGACGAUGUUGCUGUUAGCUUCGGCCUUCAGGACCAACUAGUCUGAGAGUAUACUAAAUAAAGGCACCAAGAGAGUUGAAUAAAUUUAAGACAAUCAUAUAAAUGAUUGUCUUAAAAGAUUUAUAUAUAUAUAUAAGCUCCCUGAUGUAAUAUGUAAAAUAAAUGUCAAAUUGAGGUUUUUGAAACCAGAAAAAACUUAAUUGGAUGUUAAAUCUGAUAUUAAUUGCAAAUCUUAUUUUAAAUUCCAUGGAAUUACCGUGUGAAGCCGUUUCUGAUCCGAUGUGUAUAAUUUUUGUUUGUCUCCACAUCUAGUGUGUCCAAAGCAGAGCCGUGAAACCGCAUGAGAUCUCCCUGGUGAAGAAAUCAGGGGUUUUUCUGUUCCUUACGUGUGUCUCAAAUGUAUGAAAAAAAAUAUAUUUCAGGUUGCUGAAUAAGACAACUAAUCAGACUUUACCUCAAAUUUCCCGUGGUAUUUUAUUACAAAUAUGUAUUCCUUUUUUCAGGUGAGGUUUGGAGUUUGUCUUUUUUUUUGUUUUUGUAGGAUUAUUAUUAUCUGAAGUAGGCAUGGGCCGGUAAACAGAAAAAAUAAAAAUACUUUACGGUUUUACAACUUCAAAGAUUUUAUAUCGAUGCUCCCUUUAUGAGAUGCCAGAGAAAGUGCUGUAGCUACCAGAAGGUGCUGCACACUGCCACACAGCUGCCUGAAAGAAGGCCACUACAUUUUCCCUGACUUGCAAAAAAACAAAAACAAAAAACAAAAAAAAACAGUUUGGCUGCUUGGAAACUUGGGUGUGGAAACAAAGGAGUGGCACAAAUCAGUCGUGUUCACAUAACAACAUUUGGCAAACUAAAAGCAAUCUAAAAAAGAUAAUGAGAUCAUUAGCAUAUAAAUCUGGGUGUUAUCGCCGUGUUAGCAUCGCAUUUUAACUCGAGGCUACCAUCCUGGCCCAUGCCGAGUUUGAGGGAACCUCCGGGUCAGAGUGGAGGCGGACUGACAGGAGGACGUAACGCUGAGGCAGUGCAGUGAGACGGGUGACACUGAGGGGAGAACAGUAAGUGUAGAUAGAAAGAGCUCAGAAAGAAGGAAUAUUUGCAAAGAACGAAUAUGUAAGAAAAGGGAAAUAGUUCUCUCUGAGGUUUUUGUUUUUUUCGUACCAAGCUAGAAGUUCCUGGGAGGUUUGAGUUAGCCUUGUGUUGACGGUCUGUGAGACGUUUGGUUCUGAUGGAAGAAAGCAGACAGAUGUUAUAUUUAAUACCUUGGUGGUUUUAUGUGUGAUAAUUGUUUUGUUUUUUUGGUCUUUAACACUUGACAUAACAUUUGAUACUGUAAAAUAUUGUCCUAUUGUAUAUGUGGCAUCGAGGCACUUCAUAAUUCUCUUUAUAUUUUUGUACGUCAAUCAUUGUUCCAGUUCCUAUGAGAGGUAUUAUUUAAGAAGAUGUAUAACCUUAA